UUAGAAAUCGAUAAUAUUUAAUUCCAGACUCUUUUCAUCAUGAAUCGAACACACAACAAUCUAAGUAGUAGCGAGGAUGAUUUCCAAACAGAAGGUUUUGAUAAAAAUUUUAAUGAAAGUAAUGCUCCUUCCGGAGGAAUGAGCACAUCAGUCAGGACUCAGGCACGCCAAAUAGGAAGGCCACAAUCUCGUAUCGACUUCAUUGGAAGGAGUUGGACUCAGUUAUCACUUAGACUUUUGGCACUCAUUGCUGGGAUUAUUGUCUUACUAAUUGCUGCUUCUUUACCUGGAAUCCUUCCUGCAGAAGAUAUCGAAUGAAUAAAAGAUGUGGGAUUUGAGAUAACUUCAAGCAGCAACAAGUAUUUUGAAGACCAUCGAAGUUCGAAGCAUGCUUUCAUGAUAAUAUGAGGCUUAGCUAUGGAUGUCACUGUUCUCUGAGGGUUGCUAAGUUUUGUGAUUAAAGGAAAAACAUGGAGACUUCCAAUAGUUAUGGUUAUCUUCUAUUUUACGAGAAUGGUAGUUCAAAAAAUAUUCCUAAUGAAGUUUCCAGAAGGAUACAUCUGGGAGUACCCAGGGUUUCCGUCACUGACUGUUCCUUAUGGGCGGACCAAUGAUUUUUUUUACUCAGGGCAUAUCGGAGGAUGAGUAAUUAUGAUAUUAGAGUUCAGAGCUCGCUCUAAGGAAGAGAUUCAUCAGAAAAUUUUAUUCAGAGGUCUUCAAAUUCUAGCAAUAUUUACAGCUUUUCUGCAACUUUUUGUUCUGUUAAUCACAAGGACACAUUACAGUAUUGACCUUUUUGCAGGAGCAUUGGCUGCUCAUUACUUCUUUAUCAUUGUCUCUGGUUGGAUGCCAUAUAUUGACACGGUUUUAUGAAGACUUAAAAAGAAAGAUCUAGAAAAACGAGAUCAAAUAAGGAGAUUAUUAUCAAAAGACACCUUUUCAGAAGAUUGCUCACAGAAUGCACAUUCUCCUCUGAUUGAGAAAGAUUGAGAAUAUCUAGUUGAUAAAUAUUGUAAAGACAACUCAGGAGGCUCAAUCGAUUAAUUAAAACUGCUGAUGUGAAUACUUAAGAAUUUAGGAAAUAAUUUUUCAUGCUAUAAGUUAAACUCCUCGUUAAUUCUUGUUCAUUAUGCCAUAAAAUGCCUUUAAAGAAAAUUUUAACAUAAAAUUAAAGAAUGAGGUAUCUCUCAAAGAAAAGAAACUUCUCUUUAAAAUUUAAAUUAAUUCGAAUUUUUAAUUUUUAAUGUAUUCCGACAAAAUAGGCAAAUGGUUGAAAGGUACAAAGUUGCAGCCUUACACUUUUAGAAUAGCUGAAAAACUAUAUGGGCAUUCUGAAAGGGUUAAAUUCUAUUUGAAGGUUUGUUAUUUUCGGAUUGAAACAAAAAGUAACUAUAAACUACAUUUAUAAUCAGCUACUUUCCUCCUAAUAAUGUUCGUAUGUAGGACAAAGAUUCGUAAACUCGACUUUGAUAUAGAAGAGACAUUCUUAUCGAGCUUUGA